CCCAACAAGCUCCCCCCAAGCCACCAACUUCUAUUUCUUGAGAAAAUUGGUAACAAGCUUGAUUUUUCCCUUCCUUUUUUUGUUAAAGAACUGAUUUUAGGACCUAGAACCCUCUCUUUGAAGUAGGAAUUUCCAGAUCUGCUCUGCUCUUCCUCCCCUGUCCGCCGGUGCUGUUAGGUACGAAUUUCUGGGCAUUUCUCUAGUAAGAUUCAGCCAUGAAUCCCUCUAUUUAGCCUUGAUUCAAGUUGGGUUACUCUAAUUUCCUUUUUUUUCCUUCAAUUUUGUGUGUGUUCUCUCCAAUUUCCGCCAGCCCUCCAGACCGCCAGCUCCGGUUUCAGAUUGCCAGAAUUUUCUGGUGCUGGUGUGGCUUAGAGCUCUGGGGUCAAGUUUCCUGUUUUAUGCGAAGUGAGGAAAGUAACUUAUGGUAAUGCCCUGGAUUUAAGGUAGUGUGGCCUGAGACACGGAAAUCAAGGGGAGUGACGUGGUAGAAGGCUAGCCACUUGAGAUUUGACAUAGAUUCUAGAUAUAUAUACCAUGCUCUUGUAAGUUAGAUUUUGAUUGAAAAUUUUAUGGUAUCAAAAAACUGAUUUUGUUGAGUAAGUUCCGAGCCUUGUCCACUUGUGGGACUCGUCUCACAAGUGUACGGCGUCUGUUACGCCCUCAGAUUUGGUGACUCUGCUAGUGGGGGUUAUAAACGCUAGUACAUGUCGGCAUGUUAUUGAUAGAACCGGUUCGUUCGAGUGACCCUGCUAGUGGGGGUUAUACACCAGCAAAUAGUGCGCCUGCUAGUGGGUGGUUUAUAACAUUGGCCAUGACUUAUAGAGGAGACGUCUAUUUUGUUCCCGUACUUUUUUCCUUGUCCACCAUUUCAGGAAGCAAAACCGAGGACGGGGAAACCACGGGAAGUGACGAGUUAGAAGGCUAGCCAUUUCGAGAUUGAUAUAGAUUUUAGAAAUAAAUCAUACUUUUGUAAGAUAGAUUUUACCUUGAAUUUAUGAGAUCAUAACAGAUUUCGGUCAUUAGAUCAAUUACUUGGAUUUAAGUCAUUUUAGAUAUAGAAAUAAAUUGAAAUAUUUGAU